CGAGGUUUAGAGGAAGAAUAGGGCAGUGAUCCUUGGUGUGGACAUGGAAAUUCUGUACUACAUAAUUGGUGUGUGUUUUUCUUUUAUGUUACUGAUAUACACGUGGAGGGUGCUGAAUUGGGUUUGGUUUAAGCCCAAGAAGAUGGAAAAAUGUCUGAGACAGCAAGGUCUCAAUGGAAACUCAUAUCGGUUCCUUUAUGGUGAUCUGAAAGAUUUGACAGGUGCGGUCCAAAAGGCUGUAUCGAAGCCAAUCAAUAUCCCAGAUGAUAUCAAGCCAAGAGUCAUACCCUUUUUCAUCAAAACAAUUCAGAAAUAUGGUACCAAUUCCUUUAUAUGGGUUGGGCCGAAACCAUCAGUUAUAAUCAGGGACCCUGAACUCGUAAAGGAGGUCCUGACUAAGAUUUAUAUCUACCAGAAGCCAGAAAACAGGAAUCCAUUGACCAAGCUGCUUGCACAAGGACUAUUGAGCUAUGAGGAAGAUAAAUGGGCCAAACACAGAAAAAUAAUCAACCCUGCUUUCCAUCUUGAAAAGUUGAAGCUCAUGAUGCCAGCUUUUUAUUUGAGUUGUGAUGAGAUUUUGAGCAAAUGGGAACAGUCACUCUCUCUAGGAGGAACGUGUGAGUUGGAUGUGUGGCCUUAUCUACAAAAUCUAUCUAGCGAUGCAAUUUCAAGAACGGCAUUCGGUAGUAGCUACCAAGAAGGAAGAAGGAUGUUCGAACUUCAGAGAGAACAAGCUGAACACUUCAUCAAGGCUUCCCAGUCGAUCUAUAUUCCAGGAUGGAGGUUUUUGCCGACUAAGAGGAACAGAAGAAUGAAAGAAAUUGAAAAGCAAGUUCAAGAAUCUAUUAGAGAUAUCAUCAGUAAAAGGGUGGAGGCAAUGAAGGCCGGGGAAGCAAGUAAUGAUGACUUAUUGGGCAAAUUGUUGGAAUCAAAUAUCCAUGAAAUCGAACAACAUGGCAACAAGAGUUUUGGAAUGAGCAUAGAUGAGGUUGUUGAAGAAUGCAAGCUGUUCUAUUUUGCUGGACAAGAGACCACUUCUGUUCUGCUCGUCUGGACAUUGGUUCUACUGAGUACACAUUCAGACUGGCAGACACGUGCUAGAAAAGAAGUCUUGCAAGUAUUUGGUACUAAAAACCCAGAUUUUGAUGGGUUAAGUCACCUGAAAACUGUUACCAUGAUUUUCUACGAGGUCUUGAGACUGUAUCCACCAGCUGUUGCUCUUGAACGAAUUGUUAAAAAAGAAACGAGACUGGGGAACUUAUUGCUCCCACCUGGGACGCAGCUUUCAUUACCAAAGGUCUUAUUACAUCAUGACAAAGAAAUCUGGGGAGAUGAUGCAAUGGAGUUUAAACCAGAGAGAUUUAGCGAAGGAGUGUCCAAGGCACAGAAAAAACAAGGUUUGUAUUUCCCUUUCGGGUGGGGGCCUCGGAUUUGUGUUGGACAAACUUUCGCCAUGAUAGAGGCAAAAAUGGCAAUGGCAAUGAUUCUACAACGUUUCUCUUUUGAGCUCUCUCCAUCCUAUAUGCAUGCUCCUCACACGGUUAUAAUUCUUCAACCUCAGCACGGGGUUCACCUAAUUCUGCGCAGGAUAUAGCCCAGUUAUGUAUCAAUCUUAUGAUGCAGUCAUUUGGAUAGCCCCCUACUUAUCUUGAUCUAUAAGCUUAUAAUAUGAAAUUUCAAUUGCAUAAAAUAAGACUGAUCUUCUUGUUUGUGU